CAAAAGCCGGGCCGCAACAUUGUCUUUGUCGGCAACCUGCCCUACUCCGCCACAGCAGCGUCCAUCACGGCGCAUUUCGCCACCCUGAAGCCCAUUGCCGUGCGAUGCCUGACGAAGAAAGAGGACCCCAAGGCCUGCAGGGGCAUUGCGUUUGUCGAGUUCGCAACGUCGACGCACCAGAGGACGUGUCUGGACAAGUUCCACCACUCCAUGUUUGAGGACGGCAUCUCCCCUGCGAGGAAAAUCAACGUCGAACUCACUGCUGGAGGAGGCGGAAAGAGCCAGGGCCGCCAGGACAAGAUCAUGGAGAAGAACAAGAAACUCGACGAGAACCGAGCCAAGCGCAUCGAAAAGGAGAAGACGGCCAAGGAGGAGAACCAA